AUGGCGCUCUCCAACGUACCCUUUUGCCUUGUUCAACCUCCUCAAAAACUCCAAUUUCUUUUCAAUCAGCUCUUCAUCUUCUUUUUGUUGCUACUUCCCAAUGCAAUGUCAAUUUCCUUCAACUUCCCUAGUUUCAGCACAGAUAACAGUAACCUAAUCUUAAAAGGUGAUGCAGAUACGAAACCAGAUGGCCGUCUCCAUCUCACAAAGGAUACUCUUGACGGCUCCAUCAGCGGAAGUGUUGGUCGUGCCUUAUAUCAUGAACGAGUUCACCUUUGGGAUAAUAGCACAGGGAAGCUUAAAGUUGCAGACUUCACCACGAACUUCUCCUUUAUCAUUAAAGCUGUUGAUAACCAUACUGCUGAUGGGCUUGCUUUCUUCAUCUCACCAUUUAAUUCUAGUAUCCCUAACAAUUCAGGAGGCCGGUAUCUUGGACUGUUUAGUAAUGAAACCGCUAUCAACGGCACUCAAAAUCAAAUUGUUGCCGUUGAGUUUGACACUUUCGGAAACGAGGACUGGCCCAGGGAUACAAGUGCUCCUCAUGUGGGAAUCGAUAUCAAUUCAAUUGUCUCAAAAGUAAAUGUGACUUUGCCACGAAGCAUUAAUAUUACGAAUGGGUCAACAACAUAUGUAUGGGUAAGUUACGACUCAGCAUCCCAAAAUCUUAGUGUGUUCCUUACUUACGCUACUAAACCAGCAUACAGUUGGAAUUCUAUUAGUCUUUCAUAUAUUGUUGACUUCACUAUUUUGCCGGAAUGGGUUAGCGUUGGUUUCUCCGCCACUACAGGUGCGUCGGUUGAGUUACAUACAAUACUUUCUUGGUCAUUUAAUUCAACUUUAGAGGCUGGAGAUGUCACGAAAAACAAAUUGGGGUUGAUCAUUGGUUUAGCAGUGAGUUCCGGUGUAGUGAGUUGUGGUAUAGGUCUACUUUGGUUUCUUUGCUGGAGAAAAAGGGCUGGUGGAAAUACAGAAGAAUCGGGUGAUGAUGACAAUAUGGAUGAUGAAUUUGAAAAAGGAACAGGGCCAAGGAGGUUCACAUACCGUGAACUUCUCAAUGCAACAAACAACUUUGUUGAACGAGGGAAGCUUGGAGAGGGAGGAUUCGGAGGAGUUUACAAAGGUUUGUUAAGUGAAUCCAAUGUGGAAGUUGCAGUUAAGAGGGUCUCGAAAGGAUCAAAGCAAGGAAAAAAGGAGUACAAGUCAGAAGUGAAGAUCAUUGGCCGUUUGAGACAUCGGAAUUUGGUUCAACUCAUUGGUUGGUGCCAUGAACAACGUGAGUUACUUCUUGUGUAUGGGUACAUGCCUAAUGGAAGCCUUGAUUCUCAUCUAUUUGGAGCGAAGAUUAUGCUAAAAUGGCCAAUAAGGUACAAAAUAGCGCAGGGAUUGACUUCUGCAUUACUCUACCUUCAUGAAGAGUGGGAACAGUGUGUAGUGCACAGAGAUAUAAAGUCUAGCAAUAUCAUGUUGGAUUCAAACUUCAAUGCCAAACUUGGCGAUUUUGGCCUUGCAAGACUCGUAGACCAUGAGUUAGGCUUACAAACAACUGUUGUAGCUGGGACCAUGGGCUACCUUGCCCCAGAGUGCUUCACCACUGGUACAGCUUCUAAGGAAUCCGAUGUUUAUAGUUUUGGGGUGGUUUGUCUUGAAAUUGCAUGUGGAAGAAAGCCAGUCGAUCCACGGACAGAACCAAGCAAGGUUAGGCUACUAGAGUGGGUGUGGGAUCUCUAUGGAAAUGGUCAACUCCUUGAAGCCAUUGAUAAAAGAUUAGGUAUGGAAUUUGAUGAAGGGCAGAUAAAGAGCUUGAUGGUGGUUGGAUUAUGGUGUUGUCAUCCUAAUCCCACUAGUAGGCCCUCUAUAAGGCAAGUAAUACACGUUCUUAAUUUUGAAGCUUCUUUGCCCAACCUUCCAUCAAAGUUGCCAGUGCCAAUGUAUGUUGGGGCCCCAAUGGACCUAUGUAAAUUAUCCAAUACUUCAUCGGGUUUCACCAGAUCUAAAGAUCAAACGAAAUGUUCAUCUGGUAGUUGUUCUACUUAUACGUCUAUGUCAACUGGCCCAAGCAAACCUCUUCUAUAUUCAAGCAAAGCUAAAGUGGAGCUGAUUUGGUUGCUUAGUGGAUUGCUAAAAAUUGUUUUCAAGAUUGCUGUUUUUGUUUCCCCGGAUCCUAAUGCUGAGAAAGCAGUAGUGCCAAAGGAAGAUAUCUUGGAUUUUGAGUUGCCACCUGAGCCCUCGAACGCAAGGCAUGUUGAGGGUCACUAA